AUGAAUUAUCGUUGGCGGAUUCCUCAUAACAAUACUGCGGAUGCAGAUAGUAGCGAUGUCGAACUGUUGGAACACUGCUUUGGCAAAAUUAAAAGUUCGCUGGGCCUGUAUCCAAAGUUAAGAGCUCGAUUAGACCGUAAUGUUCGAGCAGCUAGAAUGGAUAAAAUUGUUGGACUUCUUAAGGAAAAAAUAUUAAAACUGUGUACAACAGAUGAAACACACACGGCACUGAAUUAUUUGAAAAAGUUUAGUUCAUCUGUUGAAAUGGUAAACGCAGUUGUCAGAAACCUAACAACAUUGGAGCGGUCCAGUUUGAACAUCUGGGAUAACCUUGGUGACUCUAACACCGAAAGUGCUUUUUAUCUGCAAAAAUUUAAGGAAUUAUCGGAUGAGCAAUACCAUAUGCUGAAAACUGCAUUUGCUGAUCUGAUGAACACUUUUAUGAAAAGUAAUACCAAACAGAGUAUCGCAAAAUUUUUGGUAACACUGAAACCGGAUGAAAUUAGUGAACUAAAGAAACUGGCCAAAGCUGGAAAGAUGGAGAAAAUUCAGCUGCUGACUAAAGAGAAAUUAGAAGACGAGGAUUUGACAGAAGAGGAGAGAAGCGAGAUAACUGACUUUACCGAAAAACUGUUUUCAGUUAACGAUCACUGA